AUGCCGGACGCUAAACCCGGCGACAGCAUAGCGACCCGACAAUGUUGGGAGUGCUUCAAACGCCGCCUGGUGUGCGAUCGCACCCUGCCGCUAUGCAGGAAAUGUACCAAGACGGGUAAGGAAUGCCCGGGAUAUAACGACCAGAAGCCGUUGCAAUGGGUGAAACCGGGACACGUGACGAUCCGUCCGAAGAAAAAGAAGAAGGAAAGCCGGCCAGCAACAUCCGCCAUCAGAGCAGGAGACUCCGAGAGACUCGCGCGCAUCAUUUCAAUUGGACCCGCUGCUACUCCCGGGGUAACUAAAGAGACGGGUCUAUUAGAGCUCCUCGGACAAGGAGGGUGCUCGUUGCUGGUGUCCGAAGAGCUUCAGCUUACUCCAGAAGAGAUCGAACUAUCCAAGAGCCAAUUUGCCAACCUAUUGGUGGAAGAAGACAAGCCAGCAUGGUGGCGCAACCCGGGAAUCGAGAAUCAGGUCGACACCAUUGAGCUAAUAGCUGCAGAGGCCGGUGCGGGCUGUGGAGUGGGUGAGCGUAUCAUGUGCAUCGGCAACAAAGACCAGAUCAAGGAAGUAGUAGAGAGAGGUCAACACUGGGAAGCCGCGCUGCUAUUGCAGUCGAACAAGAGACCUCUCGAGAAGAUACAGAGACUGCUGCAGAUCAUGGAGAUGAACAGACUUCCGUCGUACGAUUUCUUGUCGGAUGAGACACACGACGUGGUACAAGCUAUCAAUUACUUCAACACUAGGAUUUAUCCGGAUAUCCAAGAGACGGACUGCCUAGCACCCAAUCCUGCAGUGGUGCACUUCCCAGUGUGGGCUUUGCAUAUACUUGCUCCGCCAAUGCACUACACUACUGUCUGCCUGAGUCUCAACUACCACUUGACCUCGUUGCCUCCAGUGAUCUUCGUACUCAUCGUAACCUUUUCGAACAGUCUUGGUCCAGCAUCGCAUCAGAUCAGUAUCACCAAGCCGAUCGAACAGCACAUUGAGGAAGUGGAGAAGGUGUAUAGCCUUAUUCUCCCUUAUACACUGUGUCCGUCAAGCCUCUUCAUCGAGAUCAUUCGCAUCAACUGCCUCCGUCAAGAGCUCAGCCUCUCGCCCAUCGUGGACCCGCAUCAGUACGCUCAAGAUGCACGCAGCAUUCUCUCUCGUAUCGAAUCCUUCGGCCCAAGAGAAUGGGCGCAGUCCAAGGAUCAGAAAGAUGACUGGCAGCCAAUCGCAUCGAUCUGGCAGUCUGCAAUCGCACUCUACUGCAUAAUGUCCUUGCAAGCUGUUGACAUCCUUCCCAGCGACACAGAGAUGGAUCUCAUGCGAAUGCGGCAUCGUGAUCGUCUACUCAAAGAUUUGAAGGCUGCUACACCAUUAAAACAGUUAAAGAAGAUAUCAACAUUUCCACUGUGCGUACUUGGCGUGGAAGCAGGCUUUCACGUUCAGCAAAGUACUCAGAUCUGGAUUGAACGGCAUUUGGAGGAGCAUGCCCGCCUUCUUGGCAGCAACAGUCCGUUGAAGGCACGAGAAGUACUCCGACGAUACUGGCGGCGGAAGAAACCUGGUUGGAAUGAGUGCUUUGAUGAGCCGUAA